AUGUAUACCAUAAUAUUCAAAACGCUAAGCGAGGACCAACACCGGGAGGUUCUUGAGUGGCUACGUGAAAAGAACGCGGACUCUCCGAAAGUACGACGACAGUUCUCUGAUGUCUAUCCAUUGGCUGAGAUACUGCAGCGUGACUUUCCCCGGCAGAUCGAUCUCGUAAAUUAUCCAAAGCGAAACCGCAUCUCGCUAAAAACCGAAAAUUGGGAGGCAUUCAAUUUUAAGUUCUUGUCGCGACACAACAUGUCGCUCCACAAGAAUUUUAUCGAGCUUUUGGCAAAAGGAUCGCAUGGCGCCAUUGAGGUACUUAUUUACGAAUUGAUCCGCCUCCGAAAACAGCAGGAGCGCAGAGUUGCUAAGCGGCAGGACCAGAUUGCAUCGUUCGAGAAGAAAGGUGCGGACACUGAGCAUGACGAAGAUGCCAAGGGACUGGAGCAAGAUGCGCAGAGCCACGACAAAGCUAAACCAGUGGAGCAAGACAACGUCGUCCAGGUGACCUCCAGGAUGAUCUUGUUCACUCGCUACGAGGAGCUUGCUCGAGAGUGCCAGGCAAAGGACUCAAUGAUCACAAUGUACGAGCAUCGCGUGAAACACCUCGAAAGGGCGUGCCAAUCCAUGAAGGAUGAAUUGCAGCAGAUCUCUGCCAUCGUCAAGAAACUACCCGAGGCUAUGCGACGCCUCUUCAAGCCGGCUGACAACUCGGCCCAGCCUUUGCCUUCAGCCAGCGGGUCACAAUAG